UGGGUGCAGCCCAUGGCCGUGGCCGGCGCCAACCAGUACACCUUCCACCUGGAGGCCACCGACGGCCCCGGCGCGCUCAUUAAGGACAUCCGCGAGAACGGCAUGAAGGUGGGGCUGGCCAUCAAACCCGGCACCUCGGUGGAGCAGCUGGCGCCGUGGGCCAACCAGAUCGACAUGGCCCUGGUGAUGACGGUGGAGCCGGGCUUCGGAGGGCAGAAGUUCAUGGAAGACAUGAUGCCGAAGGUGCAGUGGCUGAGGACGCAGUUCCCGUCGCUGGACAUCGAGGUGGACGGAGGAGUCGGGCCUGACACCAUCCACAAGUGUGCCGAGGCGGGUGCAAAUAUGAUUGUGUCUGGCAGUGCCAUUAUGAAGAGCGCAGAUCCAAGAUCUGUGAUCAAUCUGCUAAGGAAUGUGUGUUCAGAAGCUGCUCAGAAGCGGUGUCUGGAUCGGUGAGACCUACCCGAGCAGUGCUCCAGAAGGCUCUGGGCGCACAGGAAAACCCUUGUUUCUCGUGCUAAGGGAGGGCUGGAUGAACAUUAAUCAUGGAAACUUGUUGCUGCUGAACAGAGGAAUCAUUCCUUCGCUGCAAUGAAGCAAGCAGCAGUGGAAAAACUGUCUGGCUGUUUUUCAGGGUUGGAAAUGCAAUGGUUUGAACCUGUUUCUUGAUUCUGUGGAGGCUAAUUGUGUGGCACAACUUGUAAUGCUGGCUGAACUGCAGUUCAGUCAAUCUUUGCUUGCUAGAAGAGUGUAGCACAGCCACGGGCCGUUACCUUGUGGGAGACUAAUGAACCUGCCUUUCGCUGUCUGUGUUUGUCAUUUGGUCUGUGCAUUCCUGCAAAACUUUUCCAUUGUCUGCAUUAAACACACUUCUGCUGUGGUAAGUUUCCCUUAAGCUAUUAAAAAUAAAUAGUUUGGGAAAAAUGCACUUAGGUGUAGGAAUCCCAUGCAUGAUGGUCAGAAAUACUUCUGUGUUUUGCUUUUACUGCACGGAAGUACUUGACCUGUGCAAAUGGUUCAAAUACCAAACAAGUCGGUGAAACAUUUUUACCAGGUCCCAAAAACUGGGGAGUAUUUUUUUCCUUUUGAAUAUUGAUUCAAGUGACAGGAUUCUGUAGAAGAAUGUUAAAAUGCAUCAUCUUGACCUAUGUCCUCUUUAGUUCAUGCGUUUACCCAAGUCAGUGAUUUAGAAGCGAUUUUGUUGUGUGUAGGUUGAAGUGCAGGGGAUAGAAGUGUUUAUUUCUUUAACUGUUAAAUAGCUUAACUCUCUCUUGGUAACCAACCUGAACAGUACUCAUGCUUUCUACUUGUUUGCUCUAUCAUGUCUGGCUUGGACACAUGAGUUAGGAGAGCUCAAAACUGGAGGAAGACCUUAGGGCAUUUUAGACAGACAUUCCUCUUGUGGCUCUAAUUAGCCUUGCUCCCUCCUUUACAUUUUCAUGGUAUUCUGUGCAUUCUUUUUCCUGGACUAAUGACAGAAGGGUUGCAGUCUGCUGCUCUGGGGGAACACAGCAGAAGGCUCGGCAGCCACAGCUUGGCUAGGCAAGGUAAUAGUCUGUGUGGCUGCUGCAUGCAUUAGGGCCAGAAAGAAGCUGGGUGCAGUCCAGUGCAUUGUGCAUAUAGAAAAUAUAUAUAGCUCUGGUACCUGAAAUGCAGGCUGAACAGCACGCAAACAGCUAUGCAGGGUUAGUGCAGGAGUUGGGAGCAUGAUUUCUCAUGCUAUUGAAAGCAGUAUUUGUCUCCCACAGCUGCUCUGAAGCAGGAUGAAGGGGUCAUCAAACCAUUCCGUUGUUUUGGAAAAAAAAUAGGCCCAAAGUCAUGCUGUUUAACUCGAGGCACUGUGCUGUUCUGAGCACAGAACAAUGCAGUAUGUUUUCUUUACAUGCCGUUGUCGCUUUGUCGCUGUUUAAAUCUUCAAGUUUGUACUUGCACCGAGUUUUGGAUUAGCAGUGCUGUGAGAUACACUACACCCACAGGUACAUUGCUCAAUUGUUUCUUUCCCUGUAAGUCCACCCAGAAUGCACUGUGCAGCUGGUUACUGUGGCAGUGUCCUCUUACAAACCUCAGGUUAAAGCUAAUUGUAACCACAGAGCUGAACAAUCUGUAGCAGUAACAGUAGCAAUGGUUGUUCUUCUGCCUAGCGCUUGUCUGGUUUAGUGCCUUGAUACAUACAGGGAAGUUGUUUGUUAGGCUGCAUUUAAGCCUCUUCUCCUGUAGUCAGUAAUGUAUUUCUACUGCAGAGGCACCCCAGCAGCAGGACUCCAGCUGAGCACCAACAGGAGAGCCAGUAGUCUUACUUAGUAUCCACAGGGCCCAGCAAACACCGGAAUUGUUACAGUGCUCUGACAGAUCAGAAUUUUGGCAACAGCGGAAGGAGGAAACUGAGAGCAAGUCACACGGACAGCAGCCAGGGGAGCUGAGGAGCAGAGGCACUGUCAGCACUGGAGGACAGGGUAAAGACACUUGAACACAUCCCUAGCAAGGCUGGGACUGUGGUCCAAGCACAGCUUCAGAAAAAAUGGUUUAAUUUGAAUGGGUUUUAGAAGCUUAUAUUGGUAUUUACGUUCUGCUAAGGUACCUGGAUGCAGAGGUGAAGUGCUUUAACCCCCAUAGCAGCAGGGAGCAGAAUAUGUCUAUUGAAAAUGGUGACAGGGAAACUGCUUUCUUUGUGCGGCUGCAACACCUGAGUUUUGGGAGAGGGGUUGCUGCUUAUGUUUAAGUUUGUAUUUAACAGUCAGCCUUUGUAACAGCUGCUAGUGCUGCUUCCAGUGUUGUGGCUGAAGGUGUUCUUGCAGAGACGUGAGCAAAACAACUGCCACUUCCUCUUGGCCACCCUCCCUCCCUGGCCUUUGCCCGCUUGUGCCUGCACAUGCUGCUCACCUGAUGGGAGGCUCUGUGCACUGCUGGGGCUCUCUAGCCCGUGGCUGCUCGGGCAGCCCUCUGUGCAAGGCGGGUGGUUGCAGCUUACUGCUGCAGGUGGAGUGAGCUGCGAGCCAGAGGGUAAGAGAAAAGGCUUUGGACAGGGAUAGAGUGGGGUAGGACCAGACGUGCACUUUUAUGCUUUGUCCAGUAUGUUUUUCAGUCUCCUGGCUGCUCAGCCUGUCUUUGCCUAGCUGUUCUGUUGUUGCAUUUUGAGGCACUAUUUCCCACAAUGGCUGAGCAAAUGCAUAUGAAGAGAGGACAAAAGAAAUUCUGCUUACACUGACUUGCAUCUGGCAAGAUAACAAACAGCUGCUUUAGAGCAGCACAGUGGAGGCUGACCCUCAAAGCAACACAGUUGGGUACUGUACAGCCAUGCAGAGCAGCUUUACAGUCUGUGAGACUGACCAAACUUGGGUCAUCUGUCUCUUUUCUCACAUUUCAACUCUCUUCGCCUUCCUCUCCUCAAGUAGAUCUGGAAAACCCCUCUCCUCUUGCUUCUUCCCAUGCAAUGCUGGGAAUGUGUUUCCAUUUCCUGACUGCAUCUUCAGGACGCAUCAGGGAGCUAGCAGGCUGCCUUAGUUGCUGUGAGCAGCAAGCUCUGAACUGCAGAACUGCUCACGUAUGUCAGGAAGCCCUGACCUUACAGUGAAGUGGGUAAGGAUGGACACCCACUUACUGAAGGGCUGCACAUAGUGGAAGAGCCCUGCAAACACUGGUGGCCUUCAGCAUUCUGGAGGCUUUCCCUAGCAGCAGAUGCACAUGCAGGAUGAGACGCAAUGGUCACUUCUGUAAUAGAUGCUGGGGGCAACCUUGGCCUCAGAGCACCAGUGCAGCUUUGGUAUGGCAGCACAGCUUCAUGCCACUGGCAUCUGCGUGCUUGCAAAGCUCUUCUUUGGCUGAGCAGGUCUCUGUGCCAAGAGGAAGCAUCACUAUUGAUUUAUCGCUUCUAGAAGGCCAGCAAAUUCAGACUACGUACAACAAUAUAUAUAUGUAUAUAUAUAUAUAUAUAUAGAAAUAACUUUUAAUUAAAAAAACAACCUUGCAUCAAAGAUUAUAGUAUCAGACAUUGAGGCAAGAUUCAAGUUUAAGACAAACCAGUGUUAAAAAAAUGUUUAAAAAAAUAAUCAGAAUGUGCAAUAAACUACAAUGUAGCAAUAGGUUGUAGUGUUGAAACUUUACUGAACUGUUUUCAGAUGUCCAGUGUAUAUUUCCUGUCAUUCUGACAAAAAAAAAAAA